AUGGAAACGCUACCCUUCGAGCACCGAGACGUCGAGGAGAAGGCUGAAAGUGGGAUAUCGGAGGAGUCCGUGGUGGAAUUCAAAGUCGACGAAAAGGCUGAAGCGAAGCUUCGUAGGAAAAUCGACCUGAUGAUCUUACCGACCGUAUCGUUGUUAUACCUGUUCUGUUUUAUAGAUAGGGCGAAUAUUGGCAACGCCAGACUCGCAGGCCUCGAAACAGAUCUCGGCCUUCACCGUUACGACUACAACAUCGUCUUAUCUUGUUUCUAUGUCUCAUACAUCAUUUUUGAGAUUCCUUGCAACAUUCUAUGCAAAAAAAUGGGUCCCGGGUGGUUUAUACCCACGACGACGUUGCUUUUUGGUGUAACGUCAAUUGGGACCGCGUUUGUGAACAAUCUCUCUCAGGCUGCAGGUGUUCGGUUCCUUUUGGGAAUCUUCGAAGCUGGAAUGUUACCCGGGAUCGCGUAUUACCUUUCACGAUGGUAUCGAAGACGUGAAUUGGCUUUCCGACUUUCAGUAUACAUCUGCAUGUCGUCUUUAGCAGGCGCAUUUGGGGGGUUAUUGGCAUCUGGAAUUCUCAACUUACCCCAUUUCGGUGGUCUUCACAAGUGGAGAAUGAUUUUUGGGAUCGAAGGGAUUAUUACCUGCAGUCUAGCAUUGGUCGGGUUCGUCACUCUCACUGAUCGACCAGAGACAGCUAGGUGGCUGUCGAAGGAGGAAAAGGAACUCGCGAUCGCACGUGUAAAAUCCGAACGUGUCGGGCAAACGGAAGUUCUUGACAAGAUUGAUAUGAAGAAACUCAUUCGGGGGAUUUCGAGCCCCGUAACCAUGGGGGUAUCGUUCGUAUUUUUACUCGAUAACGUUACGGUCCAAGGGUUGGCGUUCUUUUUACCGACAAUCAUUAAAACGAUCUAUCCGGCAAAGUCUGUUAUCGAGCAACAGUUACAGACUGUCCCUCCGUAUGUCGUUGGCGGGUUUUUUACGUUGCUCAUACCGUGGAUGAGUACGAAGUUCGAUCAUCGACUUGCUUUCUUUGUGGUGGCUUCUCCCCUUAUGAUGGUGGGGUAUAUCAUGUUCCUGGCCUCGACGAAUGCGCAGGUUCGGUACGGAGCUACCUUUUUGAUUGCUUCGGGUGCGUUUGCGUUUGGUGCGUUGUGUAACGCUCAAGUUUCCGCGAAUGUGGUUUCGGAUACGGCUCGUGCAUCUGCAAUUGGGUUGAAUGUUAUGUUUGGGAAUAUUGGAGGGUUGAUAUCGACGUGGAGUUUCUUACCGUUUGAUGGGCCGGAUUAUCCGAUUGGGAAUGGGUUAAAUUUGGCGACGUCGAGUAUGAUUUUAGUGGUCAGUGUGCUGUUGUGGGUAUGGAUAAAGUGGGAUAAUGGGCGACGAGAGAAGCGGAAUGUAGAGCAAGAGUUGGAAGGGUUGGAUUGGAAGGAAAUUGAAGAUUUAGACUGGAAGCAUCCCGGAUUUAGGUGGCAUCCUUAA